AUGAGUAAACUCCUAUACAUUCUGUUUGAGCAUGCGGCAGGCUAUGCCUUAUUUUCUGUGAAAGAGUUUGAUGAAGUGGCAACUCUGCUGCCUCAGGUUGAGAGCAGCGUCACUGAUAUCAGCAAGUUCCAGUCCAUCGUCAAGCUGACAGCUUUCCAGGCUUUUAGAAAUGGGCCAAAUUCUCUGGACAACAUCAAUGCUAUUGCUGCAGGUGAACUGCAUCCUGAUCUGCAGUCAUUUUUGGAGAGAGAGGUUCCCAAGAGUAAGAAGAAGGUCCAGGUUAUUCUUGGAGUGGGCGAUGCCAAAAUUGGGGCAGUCAUCUCCGAGGUCCUGGGCAUCUCCUGCCAGUACACUGGCGUCGUCGUUGAGCUGAUGAGGGGUAA